AUGCCUUCCUCCUUCCUUCCUCCUCCUCUCUUUACAGUGGCCAACGCCUUUGUGGUGGUGGCCCUGGCCCUGGAGAGACGGCUGGCAGCGGGCUCCCUCUCGGAGCGGGUGGGGGCCGCCCUGCACGGCCUCAACCUCCUGGCCAUCCUCUGCUUCCCCGCCGGCGUCGUGCUCGUGGUCACCUCCAUCACCCCCGUGGGGGCCGUCUUCACCCUGGCCAUCUACACCAUCAUCUUCCUCAAGCUCUUCUCCUUCAGGGACGUCAAUAAAUGGUGUCGGGAGAGGAGGGAGGUGAAAACAGCCCCCCCGGCCCCCGGGGACGGCUCGGCCGCAGCUGGGGGGGCCAAGAAAGCCAACGGGGACGUGGGGAAGAACAGGGUCACCUACCCGGCCAACCUCACCUACAGAAAUCUCUACUAUUUUAUCUUCGCGCCCACCCUGUGCUACGAGCUGAACUUCCCCCGCUCGCCCCGCAUCCGCAAGCGCUUCCUCCUGCGGCGCCUCUUCGAGAUGCUCUUCUUCAUCCAGCUGCUGGUGGGGCUGAUCCAGCAGUGGAUGGUGCCCACGAUCCAGAACUCCAUGAAGCCGUUUCGGGACAUGGAUUAUUCCCGGAUCAUCGAGCGGCUCCUGAAGCUGGCUGUCCCCAACCACCUCAUCUGGCUGAUCUUCUUCUACUGGUUCUUCCACUCCUGCCUCAAUGUGGUGGCCGAAGUGAUGCAGUUUGGGGACCGGGAGUUUUACAGGGACUGGUGGAACUCGGAGUCGGUGACCUAUUUCUGGCAGAACUGGAACAUCCCCGUGCACAAGUGGUGUCUCAGGCACUUUUACAAGCCCAUGCUGAAGCGGGGGGCCAGCAAGUGGACAGCCCAGACGGCCGUUUUCCUGGCAUCUGCCUUCUUCCAUGAGUACUUGGUGAGCGUCCCCCUGAAGAUGUUCCGGCUCUGGGCGUUCAUGGGGAUGGCGGCUCAGAUCCCGCUGGCCUGGUUCGUCUCCAAGUUCCUCAGGGGGAACUACGGGAACGCGGCCGUCUGGAUGUCCCUGAUCAUCGGCCAGCCCAUCGCCGUCCUCAUGUACGUGCACGACUACUACGUACUCAACUACGAAGGCAACCAGUGAGGCGGGCGGCCCACCCUCCCCUCCCACGGGACAGCGGGCGCACGGACCCUCGGACUGCGGCCGGUGCCAGCCCGAGGUGCCGCCGCCGCCGCCGCCUUGUAUGUGUAGGGAAUAGCCGGCAGGCGUUACUGCCCUCGUGAAUUGAAUGUCAGAUCAACGCAAUAGCCCCCGGGGGCCGGGGCCGGCCCCAGCUCUGCCCUGGGGACUGUGGGGCCUGGGCAGGAGGGAGGCAGGAGCUGCGGCUGCCUGGCCUCCGGCUGCCCUGGGGCUGCCGGGAACUGGCCUCCGGCCCCGGCUGCCCCUCAGCCCCCAGCAGCCCUAAGUGGCCUCCUCUGCGUUAAGGCACUUUAAGGACUGGCCCUGGCCUGGGACUGUCCCCGCCGUCCCUGUCACGCUGCCCAGGGGGGGUCUUUGCCCUGGCCCUGCCACUGCCGGAGCCUCCAGGUGGCCCCGGCACAACCCCUGCCUGGAGCUCGCCGCUGCGGUGGCUGUGCUGGCCGUGAGCCCUGGGUCUCUGUCUGCUCCGUCCCUGGUCAGCUGCCCAUGCAGGCAGCUGCCCAUGCAGGCAGCUGCCCGUGGCCCUGCCUUCUCCUUGCUGGGACCUGCUGCUGCCUCCCAGCCUUGCUCUGGUCUCACUCAGCCACUUUUUAACCCUUCCAGAUUGUCUCUGUCAAAUACCGAGUGAUUAAA